AUCUACUCUCAGCAUGAAGAUGCCUCUGGUGGGGCUGCUGCUUGGCCUGGCAUGCAUGGAGUUGGCCCAGUCCUUGCAGUGCUACACAUGCAAGGAGCCAAUGGACAUUUCCAAGUGCAGAACACCCACAGAAUGUCCCCCGAGAGCCAAGGUGUGCACAACAACUCUGCACUCUGUAGACUUAGGUUACCCGUUUUUUGGCAACAUUACCGUCACAAGAAGCUGUGAAGAGGAGUGUGUCACCUAUGAAGGGAUAGGGUCAAAUAGACCAACAACAUGCUGCUACACUGACCUCUGCACUGAAGACACCAGGAGCAGCAAGGGGGAGAGAAGCAGCUCUGCAGCGCUGGGUGUGAUGGCCAUGAUUUUUGGCACGCUCCUCCAGUGUGCUCUGUGA